UACAACAAAAUUCGAUGCGGCGUAUAACCUUGCGAUCAAAGAAUUAAAUUAAAAAUAAAGCGGUACGAACGCGAGGAAUUCAAUUGCUAUACUAAAAUUCGUGUUAAUCGAAAAUGCAGCUUACCAUUUCCACAACGUACGAUGGGGGCAGCUAUAAUUAUUUUCGAAAGUUCAAAUACGACGCACCCCCAAAAUCAACGAUGCCAAGUUACAAAUGGGGAGUGCAGGGUGUAGAAGAAACAUCGAAAAGCGGAAUCAACGGAAUUAAAGCGUAUUCAGAGAUCAGCCGUGGUUUAAAAAUUCCUCAAAAUGAUAUUUCAACGAUAGAUGUUGCACGAAUGAAGGAAGUCGAUGAUUUAUUCAAGGGUGUCCAAGUUCACCGGAAUCAGUACAAGGACCACACAGGUUCCCGUCAUCCCUUGCAGUAUUUCAAAGCUGAUCGGUACAAAUACCAAUGCGCCCCGGGAGCAACAACCUCAUAUUUUUCAAAGUAUCCGACAAAUUAUAUCGAAUACAAGAUACCGCCGACAGUGCCUCUCACGUACCAGAGAAAAAUGCGCACGCCUUACAUACCUAAUUUAUUCCUUACCGGCAUUUAUAACGAACGCGGCUGCGUCGCUUACAAACGAUGAUCUAUAAUAUUAAUUCACGUCGACCAUGCGAUAUAAUGAAUAAAACGUUCGUCGCGCAACACGGCAACAGAUUUAAUAUAUAUUCUACGAAUUGUUUCACAACGAUUAUGGUUUAGAGCACGCGGAAUUGUACAGUCCUCGUUGUAAUUAAAUCCUGAAAUGAAACGCGGAGAAGAAUUCUGGAA